GGCUUGGUUGGCUUAGGGGGGGCGUCGCUGCACUCGUGUCUGCUCCUCCUCGUCCUCCUCCUCCUCCUCCUCCUCCUCCUCCUCCUCGCUGCCACUGCCUCCGCCGCCACCCAGCGCGCGGCGCAGCGACCACAGCCAUUCUGAGAGAGCGCGCGCGUGGGGAAGCAUGCGUCCGCUGCGCGUCUCUCGGCCGGAUCCACGUGGAGCCGCACUUACCAGGUGUGGUGGAUUGGAGGGUAUUUUGGUGCGGGUUCUGUCACCUGCGCGGAGCCUCGUGAGAAGGCGACGUGUGGCCUGAACGCGAGAGGAGUGGCCGUAGUGUUGCAGUGGGGGUGUGUGUGCGGAAAAGAGACUUGUUUAUGAGAGUGUGGUGAUUCGACAGGUGAUGUACGUGUGAGGGUAGUCUUCUCCCCCCUGUUGUGUUGUGAUGACUCAUUUGUUCCAGGAAGAAAAUAUAUGCAUACGUACAAUAGUACUACAUAUUGUCCUGUGAAUUCGCAACCAGGUGUCAAAGAACGGUGACACGAUUUUAGAAAGGAGAAACGAAUAAAAGUCUGCUGCCGGCAAGCAGAUUCUGUGACAGCGGCUUCGGAGUCACAACAAACGUUCAGGCAAGAUGAACGUGAAGAUCCAAGUGGCGAUCCUGGCGACGGUGGGCGUCGUCCUCAUCGUCGGGAGUCUGUGCUUUCAGGCCAAGUUCCAGAGCGUGUUCGACAACAUCCUCGCCAACAAGCUGAUGCUCAAGCCGGGCUCCAAGACGCUCGAGUCCUUCAAGUCGCCGCCCGUGCCGAUAUUCAUGCAGUUCUACCUCUUUAACUUGACCAACAAGGAGGAGGUGCUCGAGGGCGCCAAACCGGUGCUGCAACAAGUGGGUCCCUAUACGUACGCGGAGAAGCAGCUCAAGUACGACCUCAAGUUCGACGACGAGAAGGGCACGGUCACGUACCUGCAGAACAAGACCUUCAUCUUCCGCGAGGACCUGUCGGAGGGGCUCCUGGAGAGCGACCGCAUCACCACCAUCAACGCCGUCAUGAUGAGCCUCGGCUCGCGCUUCUCCAACUUCUCGGGCGGCGUGCAGGCGCUGGUGGAGAUGUGGUUCAUGCGCUUCGGCGUCGAGCCCUUCGUGACCAAGCCCGUGGGCGAGCUGCUGUUCCACGGCUACCGCGAGCCUAUGCUGGCCAGCAUCGGGGCCCUGACGAAGGACCCCGUGCAGCUGACGGGCAAGUUCGGCUUCUUCUACCCGAAGAACAACACCAACGACGGGACCUACACGGUGUACACGGGCGCCAAGGGCAUGGAGGACUACCAGAACAUCGUGAGCUGGAAAGGCGAGGGCGACGUCAAGUUCUGGAAGGAGGACCUGUGGGGGGGCAACACGUGCAACAUGAUCAACGGCACGAGCGGCAACCAGUUCCCUCAGCCCGUGCUGAAGAAGAAGCCACUGCGCCUCUACACGGCCGAGCUCUGUCGCUCGAUCUUCGCCGAGUUCCAGCGCGAGGUGAGCCACGGCCCCGUCACCCUCUACAGGUACGUGCUGCCCGACCGCCUGCUGGCCAACACGCCCGAGAACAAGUGCUACUGCACGGACGACUUCACGUGCAGGGCGUCCAUGAUCAACGUGUCCCCGUGCCGGAAGGGCGCUCCCGUCGUCAUGUCCACACCCCACUUCUACCAGGGCGACCCCGAGGACGCACAGCAGGUGGAGGGCCUCAGCCCCCGCGCCGAGGAGCACGAGACCUACCUGGACGUGGAGCCCACCACCGGCGUGACCAUGCGGGCAGCCAAGCGCAUCCAGGUGAACAUGCCCCUCCGGCGCUACAGCAACCUUCCCUCCUUCAGGAACGUGUCUGACGUCAUCUUCCCCAUUCUGUGGGUGAACGAGAGCGCCGUGGUGCCCCUCGAGCGCACCCAGGCCCUCCACCGCACCCUCACCCUGCCCUUCACCCUCGUCACGGUGGGAACGUGGGUGCUGGUGGGCCUUGGCAUCCUGCUGCUGGUGGUGGCGGCGGUGAAGGUGGGGCUGGCGCUCAAGGGCAAGGGCGAGAAGGGCGCCGCCAUGAGGAACAGACGCGGGAGGGAGGGGGACAAGGAGAACGGUGUUAGUGAGAAACUGAACACGGCGAAUUACAGUUAGAAAGUGAGAAUGAAAGAUAUAUAUGUAUAUAGAGUGUGUUGGUAGUCAAUCAGUGUGCGCGAUAGUGGUGCCGAACCUCACAAACUGGCACUGUAGCGAAAAGAAAAGUGCCAUCGGCCGUGUGCUUAUGGUGUCCGGUCCCGGUGAUAUAGUGACAGCUUCCUCGUGGUAUGUCAGAAGUGUGAUGAAGUGUGCAUUAUCGCCAGGCUCACAGACGCUGUAUAAUUACCCAAGGGGAGCAGUGGAGUCUGAAUUCACUGUGUAUAUAUAUAUAUAUAUAUAAUAAAAAAAACAGAUUUGUGUCGAUUUUUUAGUGAGAGAACAGUGCGUUUCAUAGUGUACGUGAUGAACCGUUUUCUCAUUGAGGGCCAGUAACUAGAGUAGGAAUCCGCCAGACACUAUCGAAUGCUCAUAGCCAAAGGGACAUGUGUUUUAUUAUUUAUUUCUGUGAAAUGAUGGACCUUGUACCCCCCUUUUACACCAGGGGCCUCGGAUAUCUUGCCUCUGAUUAACGAGACACUGAUAAGAUGCUUCUUGUCUCUUGUACAGUCUGUAUCUGAUUGUCAAUAAAAUUCGAUUAAAAAAAAUAUAUAUUUCUGCUCUUCAU